UACGAUUAACUCCAGAGUCCAGUCUGUUUAUAACCGUAUGUGCGUGCGCAUCUCCGCAAUGAAACUCUAUGUUGUAUUAUUUACGUUGUGUAUUCUAUUACAAUACACCGACAGCCGAUACGUUGACUGGUUUCCGCAGAAUCUAGUCGAUAAAUUCACAAAUAAAACCUCUCAAAUCACAAAUUAUGUUCGCGAAAAGGGACGAAGUUUAAAACAGUUUUAUGUCGAAAAUGUUAGAAAACGGAUCACGUCUUAUCUGAACAUUAACCAAACCGAGGAUGUUACCGAUAAGCCAACGCGGAUGCGAAGAAAGUUCCAUGGUUACCUGGAAGACGCAAGGGCGAAUGAUAAAAAGGUAUUUGACGUUAUCGCGCCUGAGAGAAUAGAGUACAAUUGUAACGAUAAUGACCCAGGCAUUCAUAUGACAACGCCGCAAUUAAUUGCUCAACAUGGCUACCCUUCCGAAUCCCAUACGGUUGUUACAACCGAUGGAUACAUAUUAACCAUCCAUCGAAUACCGUAUUCCAAAAAUUCGACCAAGACGAGCCCAAGGAAAACGGUGCUUCUACAUCACGGAUUGCUGGGGAGUUCCGCUGACUGGAUAAUUCCUGGUCCAGAUAAAGCCCUCCCGUACAUUCUCUCUGAAGCCGGCUACGAUGUGUGGCUAGCAAAUGUCCGCGGAAACACUUAUUCGAAAGCUCACGUUAGUCUCAAUACAGAUACAUUCGAAUUCUGGAAUUUCACAUUUCACGAAGUCAGUCAACACGAUUUACCGGCGGUUAUCGAUUACAUCAUGGACCUGAAAGGAUGGGACGCUAAAAUAAACUAUAUCGGUCACUCUAUGGGUACAACUGUGCUAUUUGCAAUGCUGUCAACUAAAACUCAUUACAACAAGGUGCUUAGGGCUGGAUUUGCCUUGGCCCCCGUCGCCUAUAUGACGGAUAUUAAAAGCCCCAUUCAUCUAUUGGCCAAAUAUAGUGAUAAUAUUGAAUAUCUCUUCAAACUACUUGGUGCAAAUGAAUUUUUACCACCCAAUGCGGUUCUACGAUGGCUAUCAAAACACGCAUGCGAAAUAAACAAGCUGGAAGAAGCGAUAUGUGAGAACUCUAUGUUUGUCAUAUGUGGGCAUGAUGAAGGGCAGUUCAACAAAAGCCUUUUACCUCUCAUAUUGAGUCAUGACCCUGCUGGCGCGUCAACGAAAACCUUGGUACAUUAUGCGCAAGAGAUUCGAACAGCUGGACGAUUCCAGCAAUUUGAUUAUGGUCCUGAUGGAAACUUAAAGCAGUAUGGAAGUCCGUCGCCUCCGGAAUAUCCAAUUCAUAAAAUAACUCUCCCUAUCGCCCUAAUUAGCUCCCAAAACGAUUGGCUCGCUAGUGACGUUGAUGUUACUAAUUUGUACGUACAACUCGUUAACCCGAUAGAGCAUUACAUAGUGCCUUUAAAGGAAUUUAAUCAUAUCGAUUUUCUGUGGGCGAUAGAUGCUAGGAAACUAGUCUAUAACAAACUUCUUGAAUUAUUAGAAGAAGGUGUGAGUAAUUCUUCUCCGUAUGUAAUGCAACAAUUAUUAGAUAAAUAACAAUAACUAAAAACCAAA